UCAUCAAGAACGUCAAUAAUAUGGAUCAUUCAGAUUUUGUUAAAGAUCAUGCAUCGGUUUUAAUUGAAAUUGGAAGUAUUGAUUCCCAAAGGAUUAUUUUACCCGGCGGAGGAGAAGAUGAUCACAAGUUACACCCCCGAAAAACACCUCUCUCAGACCGCCAUAUCGAGUCUUUAACCGCUUUAUGCGACGCUUUCUUGCCAUCUAUCGACGUUUCUAACAAAACCCUAGACGAUUCUGUUGUUUCUUUCUUCAAAACCUCGGCUCCCAUGGUUGGAACUCCACUUCGAGUAGCGGAGAUUAUGAGGAGACGGUUGGAUCACCCGAAAAAGAACCUUAUGUUAUUUACUUUAUGGAUGCUUUCGACGUGGAUUGGCACAUUUUUUCUCUGUGGAAGACACAGUCUAUCGAGAAGUUUCCCGUACUUUCUAAGGUUGUCGCAAGUCUCACAAAAAAACCGGGAGAAGAUUUUGCUAAACUGGGAAAACAGCUACAUCCCCCUUCUUAGAAUGUUCUUCAAAAGCUUAAAGUUUCUCAUUCUACUAACUUACUUCACCCAGGUGAACGAGAAAGAUGUAAAUCAAUCAUGGGAAGCAAUAGGCUACACUGGACCUGACCCUGAAUUCAAAUCCAAGUUUCAAAAACCUAAGAAAUCAGCCUCAACAUUAGCAAAUAUGAUAUCUCCUCUAGAAGAAGAAGAAGAAAAAGAAGUAGCUCAAAUUAACAAAGAAGAUCUCUUCGGACCUCUUUACAAUGGCAUCAUAAACCUUAAGCAACCCCACCAAAUAGUAUCCGAAACCCUCCGUCGAACAGGAUUCCCCGUCUCUUUCCCGAGUCCCAAAACCAAGAACGCGCCGAUUUUCACCAUCAAAUGUGACGCGGUUGUGGUGGGCUCGGGCUCGGGAGGGGGAGUCAUCGCAGGAAUAUUGGCUAAGGCGGGCUACAAAGUGGUGGUUCUUGAAAAAGGGAAGUAUUUCGCUAGGAAUGGUUUAUCUCUUCUUGAAGGAAACACAAUGGAUCAAAUGUACCAAGGAAAUGGUUUGCUAGCAACCAAUGACAUGGGAAUGGUGGUUCUUGCCGGUUCCACGGUUGGUGGAGGAUCAACGGUUAAUUGGUCGGCCUCGAUCCCAACUCCUCAACAUGUGAUGAAGGAAUGGAGUGAUAAGUAUGGUCUUGAAGUUUUUGAAAGCAAAUUAUAUAGGGAGGCCAUCCAAACUGUUUGCGAUAAAAUGGGAGUCCAAUCUAGUGUUGAAAACGAAGGGUUUAACAACGCGAUUCUAAGGAAAGGGUGUCAAGAAUUAGGGUAUCCCGUUAGGAAUAUCCCUCGAAAUUCGGUUGUGGAUCAUUAUUGCGGUUGGUGUUGCCUCGGAUGCAAGGAUGGGAAAAAGAAGGGGACCGCCGAGACUUGGCUUGUGGAUUUAGUCAGGUCGGGCAAUGGUGUAAUCAUUCCUCGGUCGGAGGCUAUAAGAGUUGUUAAGAAGCAAAAUAAGGGAUGGCAAAGAGGUAAGGCUUGUGGGGUUGUCUUUGAGUUUAAGUACAAUGGAGUGAAAGAACUAUAUAAGGUGGAGUCAAAGGUGACUAUUGUUGCAUGUGGAGCUCUUAAUACUCCUUCAUUGCUUAAAAGGAGUGGCUUGAAAAACCCUCAAAUUGGCAAGAACUUACAUUUGCACCCUGUCGUGAUGGGGUGGGGUCAUUUUCCAAACUCAAACUCAAACACGUUUGAACCUUCCAAGAGGAGUUACGAGGGUGGGAUAAUGACGGCCAUGUCUACCGUUGUUGCGGAUUUCAACAAGUCGGGAUAUGGGAGUGUGAUACAAACUCCAGCUUUGCAUCCAGGUAUGUUCUCGGCCCUCAUGCCUUGGACCUCUGGAGUCGACUUCAAGAUGCGAAUGUGUCGGUUUUCAAGGACCGGCCAUGUGUUUGCUCUUCUAAGGGAUAAGAGUUCCGGUUCAAUAUCAUCUCCUAGCAACAUAAGUUAUUCUUUAGAAGAUUCGGAUCAAGAGAGCCUAAGGAUAGGAGUAGAGAAGGUAUUGAGGAUAUUGGCUGCGGCUGGGGCUGAGGAGAUUGGGACCCAUGAGAAGGAUGGAAGGGUUUUGAACGUGAAAACCUCGAGCUCUCACGAGUUCGAAAGGUUCGUGAAGGAAGAGAGUUUGAGAGCGGUUAAGGGUUUCUCGAGCCCGGUAUGUUCGGCUCAUCAGAUGGGGAGUUGUCGCAUGGGACUUGACCCGUCGUGCUCGGCCGUGAGCCAAACCGGAGAGACAUGGGAGAUGGAAGGGUUGUAUGUGGGCGACACAAGUGUUUUUCCAACCGCAUUAGGUGUGAAUCCUAUGGUAACCGUACAAGCCAUUGCUUAUUGUACGGCUCAAAGUGUUCUUGAGGUGCUAAGGAGAAAGAAGAGAAGUAUCAUGUGAUAUGAGUUUAUGUUUGUGUAUGGAAUAUUCUGUUAUAGCCAAUUGUAUUAUUAAGAAUAGUGUGUUUCUUAUAGUAAAAAUCUAUGUUUGUGAAUGAUUUCUCAAUUCUCUUGCAACAAUAACAAUUGGCCCUAUUUGUAUAUUGUGGCUAAUUGCUUUAUUGUAUUAUAAGAGGUUAUAUGA